AUGGUGGGAGCCAGCGUGACCGAGCAGGUGUUGAGUCCCAGAGUUCUUGGGUUGGCUGGAAAGCACUACAUGUCCAAGAACAAGCUACAGCAGCGACCUCUUCUGCUAGUCAAGCAUGUGCUGGCUCUUGAGGAGAUAAUCGUGGGAAGCUUGGAAGGGUACAGUGAUGUUGAUAGAAUUGCGGCAGGGUUCUUUGCUUUUGCCAUUUAUGCGAGGGCUCGGCAUUCUGAUGCUCAGAACGCUGGGAGUAUUCUUGCGGACGUGCAUCGUCAAGAAGAUGGUUCGACAGUCGGCUAUCUUGAGGCCCAGGUUGAGCGGUCUAAGACAUCGACAACGCUGGAGCGAAAGACGAGGUACUUGCCAAUGGUCGCCCCGAUCCAUGGUGUUGGCCCUGGUUGUUGGGGCCUCGAGUGGAUGCGACUGCUGGCAGAUCAUGGCCCUGUUUUGGGAGCGGGCCGACCGCUCUUGCCGGGGCCUAUGGAGAAUGGGCAAUGGCAGAACAUUCCGUUGAGCGCUGAGGCUGCGGCUCGUUGGCUCAGGAGUUUGCUGAAUAACAUUCCUGCCAAGUUUUCGAAGAGUGAGGUCAAGGUGCUUGGUGCCCACAGCCUGAAGGUCACGCUUUUGUCGUGGGCGAGCAAGUACGGCCUCUCUGUGCAGACCCGGUCUAUCUUGGGAUACCAUAGCAAAAGUAAGGGCAGCGUCCUGAUUUAUGGCAGGGACAAUUUGUCGCAGCCUUUGCGAGAGAUUGAGGAAGUCAUUGAGGCCGUUUCUAUGAAGCGAUUUUCCCGGACGCUCUUCGCUCUGGUUACUUCAAGAAGCCAGGUGAUCUUGAUGAGCAACGCAUUGAAGUUCUUUCUGACUCGUCCUCCGAGGAUUCUCAGGACGAAGAGGCGCCGGAUCAUGAAGCUGAGGAAGCCUCUCUUGAGGGAUUGGAUCCUUGGGAACCUUUUGCGGGCAGUGUUUGCCGGCACCUCAGACUUAGAUGUUCGCGCUGUGCGGGACCAAAAACGUGCGGAGCUGAGUGAGGUCGAAACCAUCACUGGCACCGUCAAGACUCUGAAGAAUCUUGCCUUUAUUUCUUCAUACAGUCCUGGCCAGGCAGAUGAUGCGUAUGCAGUAGUCACUGCUGAGCUCAAGCAGCAGGUUGAAAGGACUGAGGAGGUGCAGAUCAGGGCGCUGACUCAGCCGGAGAGCGCUGAGCGCUACGAAAAUCAGGUGAAGCGCUUGGCAGGCGUUAACAUCCGUGGGUCCACUGAACCCAGUGAACGCCUUGUGGACAUAUGUGUGGCAAUUUACGAGCGUAAUCAGUUGCAGUAUGUGCCGUGGUCCAGGUGUUCCUCCUGCGAACAUGAAUCGCAGUCGGAGUCCAGGAAAGAGGUGAAACUCACCCUGGACGGGGGUGGCAAGGUGAAGGUCGAUUCUUCGACCAAAGAGCUCGUCGCCGAUACGAGUUCGGAGGUUCACAUCACACAGGCCCUCCAGCGAAGGGCUUUGGCCAUGGAACAAGCGAACAUAGUUUCGUAUACUUUGCUCGACCUGUGGCAUCAGCGAUUGAUGAAAGCUCGCCUCACUGAUCCGCCCCCUGGCUAUGAUGAGACCCGUGCGGCCAUUCAGGCUAACGCGGAAGGCAGGCCGAUCGACCGGAUCAUCAAGGAUGUCAUGUAUCGUGUCGAGGUUGGCACGUUGCUGCAGCCGCUUCCGUCAGCUAGCACGCACUCAGGAGGAAAGCCGGGCCCUCAGCCCGCUGCAUCCCCUGCGAAGGGAGACCGUGGUGGUAAAGCCAAGGGCAAAGGCAAAGGGAAGGGCUCCCGCCUAGGCACGCCACGCAUGCCAGCCGAGCUUGAAGCUUGA